CUUAUGUGUGAAUUAGGAAAUGAUGUUAUAAAUAGAAUAUAUGAAGCAAGGUUGGAAAAAGUGGGAGUGAAGAAGCCACAGGCUGGAAGCCAAAGGCAAGAGAGAGAGGCAUACAUCAAGGCAAAAUAUGUGGAAAGGAGGUUCGUAGAGAAGCAGCUUGCACCAGUACCUCUGCUUGAAUCUGGAACAAAAGCUUUGCCUCAAAGUCAAGAGGAGAAAAGGCAGAGUGGCACUGAAAAAUCCCUUUUGUCAGGUGAACAAGGUUCAAUGUCCCACAAAGCGGUUGCUGUAAGUAGCGACGAGGCGAGGCGGGAGUCUCUGUUCUGUCCUGAUGAACUAGAUUCACUCUUCUCCUACUUUGAUACCUCUUCAAAACUACGUAGUAUAAGAAGCAGUGACAGUGGGAUCCAUCAGAGUGCUGAUGACAGCAGGGAACACCUUGCCUCUACUAUAUCAGCUAACAGUUUGUAUGAACCAGAGGCAGACAAGCAAGAGCCUUCAGUGCUGUGUGAUUCCAAACAGUUCAAUCCAGGACUGCAGCUUUAUCGAGCAGCCUUUGAGAAGAACCUUCCCGCUAUGGCGGAAGCUUUGGCCCAUGGAGCUGAAGUGAACUGGGUCAACGUAGAAGAGAACAAAGCGACGCCGCUCAUCCAGGCCGUGCGGGGGGGCUCUUUGGUUACUUGCGAAUUCCUACUGCAGAAUGGUGCCAAUGUGAACAACAGGGAUGUGAAAGGAAGAGGACCCCUGCACCAUGCCACGCUUCUAGGACACACUGGACAAGUGUGUUUAUUCCUGAAACGAGGAGCAAACCAGCAUGCUACUGAUGAAGAUGGGAAAGAUCCGUUGAGUAUAGCUGUAGAAGCUGCAAAUGCAGAUAUUGUAACAUUGUUGCGUUUAGCAAGGAUGAAUGAAGAAAUGCGUGAAUCAGAAGGACUGUAUGGACAGCCAGGAGAUGAAAUUUAUCAGGACAUUUUUCGUGACUUUUCUCAAAUGGCAUCAAAUAAUCCAGAGAAGCUAAACCGUUUCCAGCAGUCAGAUUUACCGAAGUCCUAAGUGUCAAGAAGAAAAAGAACCAAACCUGAUCCUUCUCUUAGAGUGCAA